AUGUUAAGUGAUAACGACGCGAUCGAUAUGGUUGCUCAAAGUAAUGUCAACGCUGGCCAACUCGCUCUUCAUCGUUUAGCAAUCAAAGGAAAGAAAGCUGCGCUUACUAAAGGCACUGCUAAUGUCACCAAACGAAAGCUAACAAAGUCAUUAUCCUACCAAGAGAAUACAAGUGCCCAUAUCAGCCAAUUGAGCAAUGGUGAUGGCGAAAGUGAUCACAUGGAUGAGAUAGCUAAUCUUACAUCCUAUUUAAAUGAAUGUAAUGAGGCUUUCGAUGGUAGCAUAGGGGUAAAAGACGAUGACAGCUCACAGUCGAUUCAGGAUGGACAAGAAUUAGAACGUUCCAUUGAAGACGCAGUAACGGAAUACAUUAGUAAUACUGAACGUUCAAUUCAAGAUUACCUGGAUAAAAUUGAACAUGAACCGCAUAACGUGACUAAAAAUCGAUCCAAGCCAAUGUCUCAAUACCUUUUUAGCAUUAAUGGAAAAGGAGUUAAUACCAGUAAUAGCAAUGGGGAUGAUAACGUCAUACAAGCGCAGUCGAGUGAUCAUUUUCGGAAGAUGUUAUUAAAUAAUAAUAAUGAUAUCGACGCUUGCCAGCUAGCCAAUAUGGGACAGCAACGACUGUUUCAUUGGAAAACUAAAGUAGUCAGCAAUCGUUAUGGUGGUCAGCGCUCUGGCCAUCGCUAUCAAGGAUUUAGCCAUAGUCGUAUUAUCAUCCCUUCCACAGAAUCACCGUCCAACUGUCAAUUAAACUACCAUCAAAAGCAAUUACUACCUAGAGGCAAAAAUUACAACGAUCACAAGGUUAAUGAAGGAUUCUCGGCGCAUAAAAUUCGAAGGCAUCAUGAUAAAAAUAAAGCUACUAACAAAGCUUUAUUUUACGUUAUUGGCAAGGAAAAUGACGAUCACUACCGAAUGAAUAUUGUUCGUAGCCAAGAAAAUGUAGUAAUUCCGAUCAAAGGUAACGCUAUCAAAUGGCUAAAAAAAAUGCGACCCUCUCAGUCUAGCAGUGAAAUUGCACUAUCAUCCUCUUUGUCUAGCUUACCGAAAAUAUCCCAGAGUAAUCUUGCAAGUCAAAAUCAUUAUUCUAAAGGCAAUUAUAGCAGUAAAUCAAUGGCAAGAUCAAUCAGUUCAUCACCUAGGAUAGUCAAUAAAUCGACUUUAUGUAUUUAUCCUAUUGAUCUUAAUUACAAGCCAGCCAAUAAAGUUAAUUUAACAUUAGAUUUUUCUAAGCUAAAUAUCAGUAACGAUACUAUAAAUAAUGAUAUGAAGCAUCAGUCUGAAAAUCAACCGAAUUCAAUGCGUUAG